AUGGAGUUGUCUGAGUCCGUGCAGAAAGGGCUGCAGUCUCUAGCAGACCCGACGCUUUUCGACCUGAAAACCUUCUCCGUGUUGAUAGAGUUAGCCUUUCGCAGCUUGCUAAGCGCCCAUGCCGACCGUAGUGUUCUCGGUAAGCCUGCUCUGCUCUCUCUCUACCGUCGCCUUUUGUUUCUGCUUCUUUCACAGCUUCCGGUUUCUUCUCAGUUUGACUUGAAGGCUCGCAUUGAAAAGUGUGGAAUGCACGCUACAAUUUUUUAACACCCGUGGAUCUGAAAUGAAUCAAAUGUAACAGUGUUUGUAUCCUCUAUGUUUCAAGUGGUAGUUACAGGAAAUAAGACUACUGAUCAGGCUACAAGUGAGAAUGCAGGCUAGGCUACCGUUCAAAAAUAUAGGCUAGAAAAUGAGAAUGUAGGAAGCAAUCUGGAACUGAAAACGUGCAAGUGACAUUUCUCCCUAAUGACUAAAUUUGAAAUUUUAAUCAAAUGUUCAACCUAAAUUGUUUAUUUAAUUGGGGUAUUGAAUAUGUGUGUGUGUGUGUUUGCGCGCGUCUUGCAUGUUGUACAUUUGCAUCCCAUUGUCUGUCUAAACGGUUAGGUUUAGGUUAUUAAAACUGGAUGAUACACUUGAAUGAUGAUUAGACCCACUAUAAAACGAUACAACAGCUCGCAGAGGCAUUAGGCUACAGUUAAAGGAAAAAUCCUCUCCAACUAUAUUUUGGUAUUUUUUUUCAUUAGUCCACUGUUGAUAGGUAUUAACAGUGGACUAAUACCUUAAUAUAUAUAUAUAUAUCGUUUUUGACUGGAUUUUUUUCUUUAAGAUCUGUGUGAUGAAUAACUGGUCAAUGUUUUUCUCUGAUGGUAGAUCAACCUGAAUUGAAACAUAUUGACCAGAAGUUGCUGAAACAUUGUCACACAGCUGCCACCACCUGCAUACUGGAGGGGGUCAAACAAAACGUGGACAAAUCCACUAUAAGGUAACGCUUGGUUUGGCCUGCUAUAUUAUUGCUAAUGGGGGUUGACCACUCUGAAGUUAUUAAAUCAUUAAUCUCGUCCCCCAGAGACUGGGGUCGAGGUUAGAAAAUAAUGCAUUUACAUUUUAGUCAUUUAACAGACACUCUUACUAGAGCGACUUAGUUAGUGCAUUCAUCUUAAAGGGCAAUUCCACCACUUUAAUUAAUUAUGCGAGAAAUGGCGGUGGAAACGUUUAUGUAUAAAUAUUGAUAUAAUAACAAUCAUAUCAAAGUAAACAUGUCAUCACGUGACUCCAGUUAAGUGGUCCACACACUAUGACUUGGGAAAACAUGCAGUUUAUUAGGCUACAGAUUAAAUAAAUUAUGGUGGACUUCACAGGGUGUUGAAAGUGCAUGGUAAUCUUGAUGCUCCUUUCCAAUAAAUAUCAAUGGUCUUAUUCUGGUGACAAGAUGAUAGAUGCUUGACUGCUGUUUGACAAAUAAACAUAUUCUUGCUCUUAUCCAUAAUAAUCUCAUCAUGUAGACUAGCCUAACCGCACAGUAUCUGCGAACUGUUGGCUAGACUAUAGAGUAGGCACAUUUGCUAUUUAAAGCCAAGUUUUUUUGCUGAUUUUCUAAUAUUCGCAUGAAAGUCUGUCGCCAAUUGGAUGGAAACCUAGCUUGUGUUAUCACAGGGUAGGAUUAAAAGUAAAAAUGAGUUUCUAAUCAGAGGGAGGGGGUUUUCUUGCUCCCCACUUCACUGCGAAUCUGUGUUUGAAAAUCACUGUUUUUACAAUGUUAUAACUUUUGAUCAUUUCAUCGGGUGGAACUUAACUUUAUUGUUUUCUACUAAAUGUAGAAAUGCACCAUUUUCACAUGCAUAUGUACACACUGGUAUUGUGCUGGAGAUAAUGAAAAUUAGGUUGAAAAGUGGUGGAGUUGCCCUUUAAGACCGCUAAGUGGGACAACCACAUCUCAGUCAUAGUAAGUACAUUUAUCUUCAAUAAAGUAGCUAUCAGCAAAGUCAGUGCUAGUAGAAAAAAGAAAGAGUUAGUGUGAAUAGGCCUUGACAUUUCUUUACUGUACACAAUAUUGGGGCUUGGCAAAAUUACACAACAAAAUGUGGAGUACUCUUAUCAAGAGCAUUCCACUUCACCUGCAAAAUAAAAUCCGUAGGCCAACAUGAGGCAAAAAGAAGUGUGUUCAUUAUGAUUACAGAAUUGAUAAAUGAUUGAGCUGAUUUUAUCACAGCUUGUGCCUGGAGGAUGUUAGGUUUGAUGCGGAGAGAACAGAUGUGUUCUACAUCACAUACCAGGUGACCACCUUAUUAUGUUUAACAUCUUAAUUACCUUAAUGUAAAGAAAUGCAAAUCCAUACCAGAUCUCAACCCCAAACUGACUGUUUCUUUGUUCUCCAGAAAUAUAAAAGCGAUCUGGAAACUCUAUUGUCAAGGUGAGAUAAUUUUAGUAACUUUUUCUGAUGUUUUCAUUUCCAGUAGGCCUAUUUGAAAUGCCAUAACAAUUCAUGACUGUGGGGCUAUUGUGGCUGAAGCUUUGACUGGACAAAUCUACUUGAAUUUAAAGUAUUAGAUUUAAAUAUAAAUUACUAUAUUGUCUGUUUGUACAGAUAGGCUUCUGGGUCACCACAGUACAGUUAAACGUUUGUAAACUGUGGGAACAUAGUCACAUUCUAACACAUGCCAACAAUGCAGACACAGACAAGACUUUAUCAGAGCCCUACAUUUUUGAUAUGGCUUCUCUAUAUGGCUCAUGGAACAUCACGUUGACCAUGCAGUUUACACUUCAUUAACAUCUCUGUAGAUCUACAAAUGUUAUUAAUCCAUUCUAUUGAACUUUUCCAGUAAUAUUAUAUAUUUUCCCCAAUACACAUAUCCAUCCCCAUUGAAACAUCAAGUACAGCCUAAAAAAAUAGUGAAUUAUUUCAUUAUAUAUAAUUAAAAAUGGUUUGAAGUUGGGCAAUAACAGUUUGUUUUUUAUUUCAAAUGUAUUGAACAGUUACAUUUAAAUGAACCACCGAUUUUGUUUGAAAUUCUUUGAAACCUUUCGGUGUGAGGUCAGGAAAUAUAGAUACUACAUUUUCAUAAACUCAGAUGAAUCAACUUAAUAAUCUUGCUUUGCAUAUUUGCAUCUAAUUGUGAUAAUUUUACACAUUUUAGCUCACUGAACAAAAAUAUAAAUGCAACAUGUAAAUGUUGGUCCCAUGUUUCAUGAGCUGAAAUAAAAUAUCCCAGAAAUGAUCCAUACGCACAAAAAGGUAUUUCUCUCAAAUUUUGUGAACAAAUUAGUUUACAAUAAAAGGCCACUCUAAAAUGUGCAGUUUUGUCACACAACACAAUGCCACAGAUGUCUCAAUUUUGAAGGAGCGUGCAAUUGACACACUGACUGCAGGAAUGUCCACCAGAGAUGUUGCCAGAUAAUUGAAUGUUCAUUUUUCUACCAUAAGCCGCCUCCAACAUCGUUUUAGAGAAUUUGCCAGUACAUCCAACCGGCCUCACAACCGUAGACCACGUGUAUGGCGUUGUGUGGAGGAUCAACGUUGUGAACAGACUGCCAUGUGGUGGUGGGGUUACAGUAUGGGGAGGCAUAAACUACUGACAACGAACACAAUUGUAUUUUAUCAAUGGCAUUUUUUUUUAAGGUAUCUGUGACCAACAGAUGCAUAUAUGUAUUCCCAGUCAUGUGAAAUCCACAGAUUAGGGCCUAAUUAAUUUAUUUCAAUUGACUGAUUCACUCAAAUGAACUGUAACUCAGUAAAUUCUUAGAAAUUGUUGCAUUUUAUUUUUGUGUGUGGUGUGUAUUUAUGUAUAUACAUAUUUAUUUAGCAGACGCUUUUAUCCAAAGUUAUGUGGUCCUCUGUAGCUCAGCUGAUAGAGCACGGCGCUUGUAAUGCCAAGGUAGUGGGUUCGAUCCCCGGGACCACCCAUACACAAAAAAUGUAUGCACACAUGACUAAGUUGCUUUGGAUAAAAGCGUCUGCUAAAUGGCAUAUUAUAUUAUUAUUAUUAUUAUUAUAAUUAUAGUCAUGCUUGCAUACAUUUUACGUAUGGGUGGUUCCGGGAAUCGAACCCACUACCCUGGCGUUACAAGCACCAUGCUCAACCAACUGAGCUUCAAAAAGUUUAUAGAAACUGUCAGCACAUUGACCAUAUGUCUUCAAUAUUUGUGCUUCACUUUCAUAGAGUGCAGCAGACUAGGGAAUGGAAGUAGCCUAACUCGGUUCACAUUUAUUUGUGACAUAUUUUUACCAUGCAUGAUCUCUUAACCGUUUAAGAUUAGGGAAUGAACCUGCGAAUGUGACAUGACAAUUUGUUUCACAAACUUUGAAUCGUUUUAUUUUCCUUGGAGAAAGCGCAGUUCUUUUACGAUGAGCGUUUGUUUGUAGCGCAUUGAUAGGUGCUUUUACAUUGUAAUUAAUCACCACGAUUGUCCCCUUUUGUCUUCCUCCUGACAACCAAACUUCAGAAUGCUGAAAACUGUUGCCCAUAGGGCUCCAGCCGUGACAAGACGUUUUGGUGUUUGAUUUUAACACACGUAAUAUGAUCACUUAGCCUAAUAUGUGGAAUGAUUCUGGGUUAAAUAAACAAAGGUUUUUAAUGAAUAAGGUUACCGUUGAACAGCCUAUAUAAAUCUGUAUUCAUGGGAUGCUUCUUGCCUUGUAAAUAUAUAUGUUUAAUAUAGGCCUAUUGUGUGUAUCUGUAGCCCAUUGGUAAUUCUGUAUUUUGGUUGUCCUUUUAGUAUAGGGAGAUGCCCUCCUCAUAUCAACGACGUGUCAUGGCGUCUGGAGUACCUUAUCAAGGUAUUGGUUGGUAAUAAUAAACUGCAAUAGGAUCAGAUAAUUAUGGUUUAGAGCUGUUAUGGUGACUAACGUAUAGCCCUAACGUAUUUUGUUUCCAUGACAGAAGGGGCAUGUACAUAAGGUCAACGAGCCGUCCUAUCUGAUUUCAUUAAACGUUGAGGUAUGUCCCUUUCCAGAACCCAGUGAUCUAAAACGUGUCAUCAUUACAAACGUAAGCCUAUACUUUUACAGAAUACCAACAACGGAGGAUCGUCUGAAGUCAAUUUUAGCUGCACUAUGGAACAACUUCAGGUAGCUAAUGUUUUGUUACAGCCUAUAUGGAAUGUGGGGGUAUCCAUUAGUUGA